AUGUACUCUCUUGACACCACCAAAGCAGACGCGGGAGUCCUCACUUCGCCCGAAGAUCAUUUCAAAUGUCCUCAGUUUGUCAUGGCCAUGAAGAUCUCCGCGAUGAAAGCAACAGAGGAUAUGCUAGGAUGGCAGAACCCUAAAGGCGAUAAAUACUUCCGAGUACAACGUCGAGAGGUCGAUGAAUGCGAGGAACGGGCGGCGAUAUUUUUCCACAAGUUGAUGAUGAAAUAG